UAAAUGAUCACACUGCGUCAAGAGUACUGUUAAACAACGGACGACUUAAACAACUUUCUUAAGAAAUAUUACAAGGAAUUUAGUCGUUGUACAUUUACAACUGACACGUGCCCUCAUUUGAGUGGCACACCCGAACCGGUUAGGAAGAGAAAGUGCGAGCUCGAUGUUGCCAGAGCCUUUUUUUACGCAUUCAGAUUUCAUCACAGAAUUCGAAUGACUGCUCUUUUGGGUUUGUGGAGCCCAUCCCUGCCACAUUGAAAGCAAGACAAAAAUCAAUGUGCAAGGCUGGAAACAGACAGGCCCACAACAAUGAAAGUGGAGGCAUUUUUUUAUUUUCUACUGAAACUUUUUUCAUUGCAUCUCAGCAGUGUGGAAUGUAAAACUAAAUGUCUAGUUAAAGGAGAAAGAGUCGACUGUACUCGUCUAAAGCUGACAGCAGUUCCUUCAGAUCUUCCGGAAAACAUAUCUGAUCUGGAUAUGGCACAUAAUCAGCUUCAUGAAUUACCAAGCUCUGCAAUGUCCAGAUAUAAAGAAUUAAUUUAUCUUGAUGCAUCAUAUAACAGUAUCCAGAAAAUUGACCCAGAAUUGUGUCUGGUCCUUCCUCAUCUUCAUGCUUUGAAAGUGCAACACAAUGAGGUACAUCUUUUAUCUGAAAAGGAUCUGAAACACUGCCUGAACCUGACAGAGCUGAACUUGUCAGGAAACAGGCUCAAGAUGACUGCCGAUACAUUUAGACACCUACAGAAUUUAAAAAUACUUGAUGUUUCUAAAAAUGAGCUUAAAUCUGUAAAUCUGGGUAUGAGUCCACAGUUAUCAAGCCUCCAAGUGCUAAACCUCUCAGAAAACAAGAUCUCUGAAAUAAAGAAAGAAGACUUCAUUUAUCUCAGCAACUCAUCAUUGCUGUUACUGAAAUUGGAAUCUCUUCCUCUGAAAAUAAUUGAAAGAGGAUGUCUCAGUAUGAUUGGGCAACUACAUGGAUUGGUUCUGGACAAUUCCAAACUUGAUUCUAAGUUUAUAGAGGAUCUGUCUUAUGAGCUGUCAGAAACGAAGAUCUCUAAUCUGUCUCUAAAGAAUACUGACAUUUCAAUAAUAAACAACUCUACCUUUAGAGGUCUAAACGAAACACACCUGACAGUACUGGAUCUCUCCAAAAAUCAAAUAGAUAUUAUAAGUGAAUACUCAUUUAAAUGGCUUAGUAAAUUAGAGCAUCUGUACCUGCAAGAGAACUUCCUUGACCAUUUGGAGAACACUACCUUUUAUGGACUGUCUAGCCUUAAAUCCUUAAAUCUUGGCAGAGCACUUAUAAGAGGGAACAAAACAUCAACCCCAGUAGUUGAUGACUUCUCUUUCCAAAGCCUUGAAAAUCUGGAAUACCUAGUGCUACAGGAUAAUGAGUUUACUGGCUUAAAAGAUAAUACCUUUUCUGGUUUAAGAAACCUCAAGUAUUUAACUUUGAGUAAUUGUAACAUAAAUCUAAAUGUCAUUAACAGUAGAACAUUAUCAUCUUUGUCACAGUCACCUCUUUUGUUUCUUAAUUUAACAUCUGUGGGAAUUUCACAAAUUAACAAUGGAACUUUUUCCUGGUUUCCACACUUAAUCAAGCUAUAUAUUGGGCAUAAUAAAAUCAUGCAGACAUUGUCCGGAGAAGAGUUUAGAGGAUUGGAAAAUAUUGAAGAAAUUUACCUAUCCUACAACCAGAAAAUUACUUUGAGGCCAUUAUCAUUUUGCCAUGUUAAAACUAUACGAACUCUUAUGCUUGGACGUACCCUGGCUGGCAGCUUGGAUUUUAAUUCUUCUCCUUUCCAGGGUCUACAAAAUCUUACAGUUCUUGAUCUUAGCAACAAUAACAUAGCAAAUAUCAAUGAUGCUCUCUUCAGUGGACUUGAACAUCUCAAAAUACUCAAGCUGCAGCACAAUAAUUUGGCUCGCCUUUGGAAAAGUGGUAAUCCUGGUGGUCCAGUGCUUUUCCUAAAAGGUCUUAUAAAUCUUCGAAUACUUCAGCUUGAAUCAAAUGGAUUUGAUGAAAUUCCUGCUGAUGGAUUUAAAGGACUGAGCCAGCUCAUUGAACUUGAUUUAGGAUUAAAUGACUUAAAUUUUUUUCCAGAAACUUUGUUUAAAGAUCUUUCAUCGCUCCGUGUUUUAGGCAUUCAAAAAAAUCUGAUUAUAUCUGUUCCAGAAAAUACUUUCAAAAAAGUCUUCAGUAAUUUGCACAUUUUAUACAUGGGAAAGAAUCCCUUUGACUGCACUUGUGAAAGUAUGUACUGGUUUGUGAAUUGGCUUAAUAAAACAAAUACCAGCAUUCCUGGAUUGAACUCAGAAUACAUUUGCAAUAGCCCACCAAAAUACUACAACUCUUCAAUCUCUGACUUUGAUAUUUCACCUUGUAAAGAUCUAGCACCUUUUGCAUUUUUUCUUAGCAGUGCAAUAGUUGUUCUUGUAUUCUUAUUCUCGGCUAUUUUAAUUCAAUUCCAAGGAUGGAGAGUCCAGUUUUUUUGGAAUGUUCUAGUAAAUCGUAUUCUUGGAUACAAAGAAAUUGAUCUGGGUGAAAACAGAUUUGAAUAUGAUGCAUACAUAAUCCAUGCAGCUAAAGAUGCUACAUGGGUAGACAGAAAUGUGAUUCCUUUACGAGAUAAAUUUCAGAAUAUGUUUCAUUUUUCUUCUGAGGAACGGGACAUUGCUGCUGGCACUUUUGAAUUGGAGGCAAUUAUUGAGAGCAUGAGCAAAAGCAGAAAAAUUGUGUUCAUUAUAACUAAUGCCUUGUUGAAUGAUCCCUGGUGUAAAAGGUUCAAGGUCCAUCAGGCAAUGCAUCAAGCCAUUGAACAAAGCAGAGAUUCAAUUGUGUUGUUAUUUUUGGAGGACAUACCUGACUAUAAGCUGCACCAGACUCUGUUUCUCCGGAGAGGCAUGUUUAAAUCACAGUGUAUAUUAUACUGGCCUGUGCAAAACGAUCGCCUGCAAGCAUUUUACCAAAAGAUGCGGGUUGCUUUGGGUUCAAGCAACAGGGUAAAUUAAGCUAUAUUUCUAUGAAAUUACUUUUAUAUGUAAUAUUUUGAAAAUGCUUUUGACUGAACGGUCAUAUUAUGGAAUCAACAAUCUUUUCAUUCAUCAAUUUACAAUGUAGAAAUGUUAUUUUAAAGACUUUUCCUAAAAUUUUUAUAAAAGUUGCCUUCCCUGGUGCUGAUUAUUGCUGAUUAUUUUUUUAAAAUAAAUAUUCAUGUCACCUUCUGCAUAAAGCCUUUUCAUUCCAGUCUGUUUAGGAUACAGUGCAUUAUAUUAGUACAUUGUACAUUGUAUUAUAUAAUUUAUUUCUGCAUUAUUUAAAGCAAUACUUAUAUAUUCAUAAUAUAAAGGUUGUGAGCGUGUACUGAUACAGCACGUUGCUGUGCCCACCACACGAUGAACCACCUCACGAUACCAAAUUAGGUCCCGAGCGCAGCCAUGCAAUGGGUGACACCUCAGCACCACACUGGAACAGUGUGAGGUUUUUAUACAGUGGCUGGAGUGCUAAUCCUGCCACCAACCCCCAAGUUUUCCCCGCACGUUGGUGGACCUGAGUAGUCUGCAAAAUGAUGGCAGCAAAAAAUAUAUAAAGAUUUUAUUUGUACAGUUAAUUUGAAACUGACUCUGUAUAUACUGUAUUCAGUGAAUUUAAUGUUGUUUUUAUAAAUAUGUUUUAUUGUUUUGAUCUGCCUGAAACAAGUUUUAAAUGCUUUAUUCUGUUGCCCUGGAUAGAUUCUAGCAGUGUGAUUGAGUGGCAUUUUGUCCAGAAUUGAGGCUAUUGCUUCCCAUGAUAGCAUUCUAUAAAAAUUAAGUUCAUAAUGUAGUUGGAAGGAAUCAGCAGUUCCCACAGCAUAUCCCACUAGUUAUAUUCAUUUGACUAUUGGUUUAUGACAAAUUAAGGACUAAUUAAAAGAUACCCAUUUAAACAUGAGAGAACUGAGAGUGCUACAAUAAUUUAAUAUAUGAUUUACUUUAAAAAAAAUAUCCAUGUCAAGCUCAUACUAUAUUGUAGUGCCACAUUAGUUCUCACCAGUGCAAACCCAAUGGAUUCUUACUGUUUUAGUUGGUUCACUGUCCUUAGAAGAACACCACAGUAUUGAAUUCAUGUAUGACUUUAGCAGAGGUGCCCUUUUUCUGGGCUCCCCUGUAGCUGCUGUGAAGCUGUUUAUUUAAAUGAUGGAAUGCUAGCUUAUACUCCUUCUGAUUCAUCCACAGGCUGAUGCAGCUUAUCAGCACCCUUAAAAUAUACAUAAAUUUUCAAACCCUAUUAAUCCAGUUCAGAGCCAAGGAGGACUGGGGCCUACUCUACACACACUGAAAACAACUCUUAAUGAGAUACCUGUCCAAUGAAAGAACUCACAUUUUACCCACCAGUACCCACUCCUACUGGGUCAGGUUAGAGUUGCCAGGCAGUCUUAAAUGCAUAACAUUUAGAUGUGGGAAGGAACCGACAAGGAAUAGGGAGAAAGUGGAAACAGAGAGUUUAUGAUCAGGAUAUAAUUAAAAUCUGAGCUGUGAGGUAGAAACAAUAACCAUGGUUCCAUUGCAGAACUACAAAUAAUAAUAAUAAUAAUAAUACAUUUUAUUUAUUUAGAGCCUUUCCCAUGCUCAAGGUGCUUCACAGAGUCUCAGAAAGAAA